AUGGCUAACCCUUCUGGUCGCAUUGCUGGCCCCAUACGAUGGCAUAUUUACCGUGAACCACAACCCCCGAAUACUCGCAUGGCCCUAGGGAGUAUUCUCACGAAGCCUGACGACCUCGAGACUUCACUAAAUUAUGAGGGUGGCGGUAUUGAGGAAUUCCCUCAAAACAAGCGAGAAGACUGUACUCCGAUGGUGCGACGCAUCAUUAAGUCGGAGCUAUCGAAAAGUGUCGGCGGGAAACUCAGCGUUCUCCUACCAACAAUGCCUUGGGUCAAUGGCGGGGGUGGCUUGGGGGCUGAGCGCUCAAGCGACACCCAAGCAACAUUCGAGCCAAUGAAUAUCCGCGCGCAGAUUAUAUCCCCUGAUACGGCGAAGGAGUACAUGAAUCGGGCUCUACUAACUCCGAAGGUGCUGGAAUAUGUGAGGGGAUGCUUGUUCACCAAGCCUUUAUAUCUUAUUGUUGGUGUCGCAACAUGUAAAAACUUGACUGGAAGUGAGACACGCUCUGUGAAAAGGACCGCAUCCGCCGAUGUCUCAGCAGAUGUUAUGGGUGCACAGUUGACUGGUAGCGUCUUGGCAGCUAAUGAGGAUUCUGUCGGGGGCGAGUAUGUUGUUGACGGAGAAUGUGAUUUUGCUUACCGCGUAAGAGAAUUUCAAUAUUCACGGACAAGGAAGAUAUUCAAAAAGUCAAGCGAUGUGACUGAUGGUGCUAUGUUCGGUUUGGAGGAUGAAGACUCAAGUGACGAGAUGGAAGACGAUGCCGAGGAAGUGCCUGAGUUCGAAUAUUUUGAGGAUGAUGACGAAAAUAUCGAGUCAACCGGGUUCACACUUGAGGGGACAUCCGAAGAAUAA